CCACUCGCCAUCAACACUCUCCAGACGUCACUUCUCUAUACUCUCUCUCUCUCUCUCUCUCUCUCUCUUCUCCUUCUAGACGUCUUCUUCGUCAACUAUGUCAUCAAUAUACUGGCAGCGUCUUAAACCACUGGGUUCGAGUGGAACUGCUGUUCCAAUUUCGGCUUCUCCAUCUAGAAAUCUGGAUGGCGAGUCCGUCCCCCGGGAAGUCUUGUUUUUGUCAUCACCAUGGAACUUGUGCUGGCAUUCUUUGAUUCUUUUCUCGAGAAGAAACAUCAUCUUAUUCCCCAGUAUUCUCUGUGCCAGCUUUGAUUUUGAGCAUUGGAGUGUUCGACUCAGGGCCUGCUCGGCGGGUAAUGUCGUUGGCUGGUACGAUACUCUAUUCCUGGGUUUGGAGCAUCAAAUUCGUUCCACGGAAACCGACCGCUCCUACCACGGCAAUUCUCUGUCCACAGCAUGUACACCACCUUCAUCGCCUCCUCGAUCUGAGCGAGAGUUGCAGACCGGACAAUCGCCGGGUGCCCAUGCCGCGUCCGAGCUCGUAAGUCCGGCCUCGACAGGAGCUGGCAGAUUUUACUGACCAGCGUGCGCGAUAUUCCACUUUUUCUCCCUUUCUCGCCUCCAGUCAUUUUGUCUUAACGUGAAUGCGUUGAGCCGCGAUGGCGUACUUGAGGUGAGCCAACUCACGUUCCUGAAUCUGCUCACAAUCCUGCAGAUCGCCCAACCUUUCGGCGCACUGGAAAAGAGCCUUAGACACUCGGCCUUGAAGCAGUUAGGACAAUAUGGCAUACGUAGAGAUGCCGAGCGGUGGAUUUCCUGGUGGCAUUUCGUGGCGAAUCGAGGCGGGUGCGCCGUCCGUUGGAUCAAGUAAUGGAAGUCGGGAUG